ACCACAUCGAAGGGGGCACAGCGUUUCUCCAAAGUCAAACAGUGGAAGUGCACCUAUACAAUCACCGUGCACAUUCUUCAACCGUUCAGAGUAGGAAAACGAAGAACGAAAGGCGAGCCCAAGGAGCAAGAACGAAAGACCAGGCAAUCACUUACGAACUGCACCGGAAAAGGGCUUCAGGGCUUCUUUAUGCUGUUCGAUUUUUAGCAAAGCACUGGAAAUAUGUGUUUGUCAUGAUUAGUGGCUUCUAAGUCAACAAUGAAGCGUUUUGUUUACGUCAAUGAUGAUGAAUCAUCGCAAGAUCUUUAUUGCGAUAACCGCAUAUCAAACAGAAAGUAUACCGUGUUGAACUUCCUCCCAAAAAAUUUGUGGGAGCAGUUCAGCCGGUUCAUGAACCAGUACUUCUUGUUGAUUGCUUGCCUUCAGCUAUGGGCUCUUAUUACUCCAGUAAAUCCUGCCAGUACGUGGGGUCCUCUAAUUUUUAUAUUUGCAGUCUCAGCAUCAAAAGAAGCUUGGGAUGAUUAUAAUAGGUAUCUCUCGGAUAAGAAGGCAAAUGAGAAAGGAGUCUGGGUUGUCCGCCGAGGUAUCAAACAGCAUAUCCAAGCCCAGGACAUUCGUGUAGGUAAUAUAGUAUGGUUCCGUGAGAAUGAUGAAGUUCCUUGCGAUCUUGUUCUGAUUGGCACUUCAGAUCCUCAAGGCCUUUGCUAUAUAGAGACUGCUGCACUGGAUGGUGAAACUGAUCUGAAGACAAGGGUUAUUCCUCCUGCAUGCAUGGGAAUAGAUCCUGAACUAUUGCACAAAAUCAAGGGUGUCAUUGAAUGUCCCAGUCCAGACAAAGAUAUCAGAAGAUUUGAUGCAAAUAUGCGUCUGUUUCCUCCGUUUAUUGAUAACGAUGUUUGCUCUUUAACCAUAAAAAAUACAAUUCUCCAGUCAUGCUAUUUGCGAAAUACGGAGUGGGCUUGUGGUGUAGCUGUGUAUACAGGCAAUGAAACCAAGCUGGGUAUGAGUAGGGGUAUACCUGAACCUAAGCUGACAGCUGUUGACGCCAUGAUCGACAAGUUAACUGGAGCUAUAUUUGUUUUCCAAAUUGUGGUUGUUAUUGUUUUAGGCAUAGCUGGGAAUGUAUGGAAGGAUACAGAAGCAAGAAAGCAAUGGUAUGUUCAAUAUCCAGAUGAAGGACCUUGGUAUGAACUAUUAGUCAUUCCUCUGCGGUUUGAGCUUCUUUGUUCCAUCAUGAUUCCCAUAUCCAUCAAGGUAUCUCUGGAUCUUGUGAAGGGCUUGUAUGCAAAAUUCAUUGACUGGGAUGAUCAAAUGGUUGAACAAGAGACUGGUAUUCGAGCUCAUGCAGCGAACACGGCAAUAAGUGAGGACCUGGGACAAGUGGAGUACAUUUUGACCGACAAAACUGGAACUCUUACAGAAAAUAAGAUGAUAUUUAGAAGAUGUUGUAUCAGAGACAUUUUCUAUGGGAAUGAGACUGGAGACGCAUUGAAAGAUGUGGAGCUACUUGAUGCAGUUGCCAAAAGCUCUCCUGAUGUUGUUAUGUUUCUUACAGUUAUGGCAAUAUGUAAUACAGUUAUACCGAUGCAAAGUAAAACUGGAGCUAUCUUGUAUAAGGCGCAGUCUCAGGACGAGGAUGCUCUUGUUCAUGCUGCCGCUCAAUUGCAUAUGAUUUUUGCGAAUAAGAAUGCAAACAUUAUUGAUAUCAGAUUCCAUGGUUCAGUAAUUCAAUACGAAGUGCUGGAAACCCUGGAGUUCACCUCCGAUCGCAAAAGAAUGUCAGUUGUGGUGAAAGACUGUCGAAAUGGGAAUAUUUUCCUUUUAUCAAAAGGAGCAGAUGAAGCAGUUCUUCCAUAUGCUCGGGCUGGACAACAAAAAAGGAUAUUUACUGAAGCUAUAGAACAGUAUUCCCAAAUUGGAUUGCGCACGUUGUGCUUGGCUUCGCGUGAACUAAAAGAAGAUGAAUAUCAAGCAUGGUCUGUGAUGUACAAGGAGGCCAGUAGCACAUUAGUUGAUAGAGAGUGGAGGAUUGCUGAGGUCUGCCAAAGGUUAGAACAUGAUUUUGAAGUUCUUGGAGUUACUGCCAUAGAGGAUCGCCUGCAGGAUGGUGUACCUGAAACAAUUGAGACCCUUCGAAAAGCAGGAAUAAAUUUUUGGAUGCUAACUGGAGACAAGCAGAAUACUGCAAUUCAAAUUGCUCUUUCAUGCAAUUUUAUUUCCCCAGAGCCAAAGGGUCAACUUCUGUUGAUUGAUGGCAGAACUGAAGGUGAAAUUUGCAGAAGUUUAGAGAGAGUCUUACUUACAAUGAAGAUAACAGCUUCAGAACCUAAGGAUCUGGCAUUUGUUAUUGAUGGCUGGGCUCUUGAAAUUGCUCUAAGGCAUUACAGGAAAGCUUUUACUGAAUUAGCAAUACUGUCAAGAACUGCUAUAUGUUGUCGUGUAACGCCAUCACAAAAGGCACAGCUUGUGGAACUCUUGAAGUCAUGCGAUUAUAGAACAUUGGCUAUUGGGGACGGGGGUAAUGAUGUUAGAAUGAUUCAGCAAGCUGACAUAGGUGUUGGCAUUAGUGGGAGAGAAGGAUUGCAGGCAGCAAGGGCUGCUGAUUAUAGCAUUGGAAAGUUCAGGUUUCUGAAAAGAUUAAUACUUGUCCACGGGCGAUAUUCAUACAAUCGCACAGCAUUUUUGUCCCAGUAUUCCUUUUACAAAUCCCUCUUGAUUUGUUUCAUACAGAUAUUUUUUUCUUUUAUUUCAGGUGUUUCUGGAACCAGCCUUUUCAAUUCCAUUAGCUUGAUGGCAUUCAAUGUUUUCUAUACCAGUAUUCCUGUUCUGCUCAGUGUCCUUGACAAAGAUCUUAGUGAAGGAACUGUAAUGCAGCAUCCUCAAAUUCUAUUCUACUGCCAAGCAGGACGGAUUCUUAAUCCUAGCACAUUUGCUGGAUGGUUUGGCCGGUCCCUUUUUCAUGCAAUUGUUGUAUUUUUUAUCAGUAUACAUGCUUAUGCCAAUGAAAAAAGUGAAAUGGAGGAGUUGUCAAUGGUUGCACUCUCUGGAUGUAUAUGGCUACAAGCUUUCGUUGUGGCGUUGGAGACUAACUCUUUUACGAUAUUACAACAUCUAGCCAUAUGGGGAAAUUUGGUUGCCUUCUAUAUCAUCAAUUGGAUCUUCAGUGCCAUCCCAUCAUCAGGGAUGUACACAAUUAUGUUCCGUUUGUGUGGACAACCAUGCUACUGGAUAACUAUGUUUCUUAUAGUUGCAGCAGGGAUGGGUCCAAUUCUAGCUUUGAAGUACUUCAGGUACACAUAUAGGCCAAGCAAGAUCAACACGCUUCAGCAAGCUGAACGCAUGGGUGGGCCAAUCUUAUCUCUUGGGAGUAUCGAGCCACAAUCAAGGUCAGUUGAGAAAGAUGUUUCUACAUUAUCGAUCACUCAACCUAAAACCAGAAAUCCAGUAUAUGAACCUCUAUUAUCAGAUUCUCCGAAUUCCACUAGAAGGUCCUUUGGACCUGGAACUCCAUUUGAUUUCUUUCAGUCACAGUCGAGAUUGUCGUCUUCAAGGAAUUGUAAGGACAACUCAUAAUGAUUAGUUUAGCGGCUUUAAGAUAAUCAUAUAGAUGGCAUAUUAGAUUCUUCAUCCAUUUGAGGUUAAACAUAUACUCAAACGGAUCAUGGAGUUAUUUUUGGUUCUCUAGGCUUGUAAAAGUACCUCAUUUUCCUGUACUACAUGAAUACUGCAAUAUGCCUAGAUGAUUGAGCUCCACUGUGUCAUUGACAAGGAGAGACAGAAUAAAGGAAGAUAAAAUUAUCUUGAA